AAAUUAAAGGAAAAUGUGCGUCGCUGUACGAGUUUGAGUAAUGGAACUUUGUCGGGCUUUACAGAACUUGCCUGGAAAGAUACGCAGUCGGGACACGGGCAGGCAGAGGGACAGGAAUGCUAGUUGGACUUGGCUUAUUACAUGCCACGGCUCCAAAACAUUGUGUUGCGCAUAUAUAAAAUGAUGUCGCCCUCCAAUAGAUGGCAAUAUUAAGAGUGCGUGCGAGUGAACUUUCGGUGCAAAGUCUAAAUACAAACGCUAAGCAACAGUAUUUUUGCUCAACAUUAAAAUAAUACUAAGUAUACCUAAAUACAUAUUAAUUCGAUGCAAAAUCUAUAGCAGUCAUUAAAUGUUGCAUUUUUAAACGGAAGAAAAACCAAAAAAGAAGCAAAACAUAAGCAUAAAUCACACGAGACGAAGAUUUAAAGAACGCAGCGAGCUUAAGCCAACAAAAAAAGAAGAAAAUAUAUUAAAAAACGUAGUACGACUAGUAAAAGACACCACCAAUUUAAUUUGCAAGGAAACUAAAACAAAACAUAAUAAAAAAAUAAAUAAAACUUAAAAAAUUAGCCAAAAAUCUAAUAGAUGUCUGUGUGCAUUAUAUUUUGAUCAUAUAUGAACAAUAUAUUGUACUAUAUAGCAUAAAGCAAGUAUAUUUACAACAUUAGCUAUAAAACGCAGCUAAAAGACAAACAGUUACAAGAAAUAAGAAAAAUAUUAACGACCGCCAUUCGGUCAACAAUUUAAAGAUAAUAUCAAUAUAAAAGACAGCAUAAUAUAAAAGGAAAACACAAAAAAACAAACAAACAAACAAAAAAUGGAGGACAAUAACACAAGCAGCAGUGCGAGCGGUGCGCCCAUCAAACUUGAGGAUCCAUCGGUGACACUCACAAUAAGGCUGAUUAUGCAAGGAAAGGAAGUUGGUAGUAUUAUUGGUAAAAAGGGUGAAAUUGUCAACAGAUUUCGCGAAGAGUCUGGUGCCAAAAUUAACAUUUCGGAUGGUUCAUGCCCGGAACGCAUUGUAACGGUAUCUGGCACAACAAACGCAAUCUUCUCGGCAUUUACGCUUAUUACAAAGAAAUUUGAAGAGUGGUGCUCGCAGUUCAAUGAUGUUGGCAAAGUUGGUAAAACUCAAAUACCCAUUCGAUUGAUUGUGCCCGCCAGUCAAUGUGGGUCUUUAAUUGGGAAGAGCGGCUCAAAGAUAAAGGAAAUACGCCAAACCACGGGCUGCUCCAUACAGGUGGCCAGCGAAAUGUUGCCAAACUCUACAGAGCGUGCGGUUACUUUGAGCGGCAGUGCUGAGCAGAUCACCCAGUGCAUCUAUCAGAUAUGUCUUGUCAUGUUGGAGUCCCCGCCGCGCGGUGCUACCAUACCAUAUCGACCAAAGCCGCAAGUAACUGGCCCAGUUAUCUUGGCCAAUGGACAGGCCUUUACCAUACAGGGCAACUAUGCGGUGCCCACACAAGAGACCUGUCCAGUAUUUCCACUUGCUUUGGCUACCGGUGGUCUACAUGCUGGUAUUUCAGGCUUAGCGGAUCCUUUGUUAAAGGGGGCACAUUUACCAGGAGCGGUACCAGCACACCACCAUCACCUACAGCAAAUGCCCGAUGUUGCCAAGAAUCCAUUGGCCAGUUUGGCUGCCUUGGGCCUGGCCGGCAUGACGCCAGCCAGCACCGGCGGUAUAAAUCACACAGCUCUGGCUGCCUUGGCUGGUUCGCAGCUGCGUACGGCCAAUGCGAAUCGGGCACAGCAACAACAGCACGAGAUGACAGUUUCAAAUGAUUUGAUUGGCUGCAUCAUUGGCAAGGGCGGUACCAAAAUUGCUGAAAUACGUCAGAUCUCCGGCGCCAUGAUACGCAUCUCAAAUUGCGAGGAGCGCGAGGGCGGCAAUACCGAUCGCACCAUCACCAUAAGCGGUAAUCCAGAUUCGGUGGCAUUGGCCCAAUACUUAAUUAAUAUGAGCGUUGAACUGCAGAAGGCCAAUCUUCAGGAUCAGGCAGCACAAAAUGGCACUGCCGCACUGGCAGCAGCUGUUGGCGGUGUUGCUGCUGCUGGCGCCACAACAACGGCAGCAGCCGCGGCAGCAGCAGCAGCGGCAGCCGCAGUUGCUGGCGGUGUCAAUGGCAACAGCUGUUUGACGGCUUCGCUCACGGGCAGUGCCAACAACAGCUCCAGUAGCAACAACAGCAGCAGCUCGGCCAGCAGCAAUGGCAGCAGCAGCGGCGGCGCCUCCAACUAUGCCACAAAUGGCAGCCAGAACAACAACAGCAGCAGCAAUAAUAACAACAACAACAGCAGCAACAACAACAACAACAACAACGGAGCUGGCAACACCGCAGCUCUGGGCAUAAAUUCUACAGCAGCAGCGGCUGCUGCUUUGGGCGGCGGUCCACUGGCGUCGGCCUUGCAACUUCUGACCAAACCGGGCGCCCUCACGGCCCUAUCAAAUCUGAGCGCCUUGGAUCUGCUUAGCCUGACAUCGUUGGGCAACAAUGGCAGCAACAGUGGCACGCCCGGCGGACCGCCGGUACAGACCACGGGCGUUAACCGUGCCAAGGGUCACUAUGCGACCUCGCGCUUCAGGCAGCAUCAGACCGAGGCCGGCGUCGAGUCGGAGAAGACGCGCAACAAGUUUAAUCCCUACUAGGGGUAGGCCAUAUAAAUACAACUAGCAGUAGAAAAACCAGCCCAGUCGGACGAACAAUCUUGGCAGCCCAAAAGUAAUACCCAAAUAUUUAAAGAAAAUACCCCAGAAAAAUGCGAUCAUCAUUUGCUAAUAGUCGAGUUAGUGUUAGCUUCUUCUAGUUCUUAACAAGUUUAUAGCGUAGCGACAGCUUAAGAGUUUACGAUUCUUGAAGAAUUUUUGCUCUGAGAAAACGAUUUAAGUGAAAAAAACAAAACAAAAAUCUUUAAGUGUAAAAUUUGUAAAACUAUUUAAAAAUUUAAAGACAAUUUUUAUAAACUAGUUGAUGGCCCAUUCGCUAAAGUAUCCAAAUUAGUUUGUAGCUCAGGCCUAUGUCUUUCAAUGCCGCAUAUAUCUAUUAAUGUUUUUUGAAAACAAUUAUUCUAUAAGACUGUCAAAUACGGCAGUUAUUUACACAUACAUAUACAUAUAUACCGAUCAAGCACUUGAACAAAAUCGUGUAUCGAAUAUAGCAGAGGAAGAACAUUGAUUAUAAGAAGUGAAAAAUCAUGAACCUAGCCCAAGUAUUGUAAUCAAAAACUUUGACCAAGUGAAAUGCAGCAUAAGGACCCUUCUUCUAAUAGGUGUUAUAGUCUUUUGCCCUAAUCCCUUUUUAUAUAGUUACAUAAACUAAAUCAACUAUCGUACAUUAUAGAAUUUGCCAAAUUUUAGCGCAACCCUAGACAGAGAAGAAAAACCUGAAAGUAUAGUUUGUGAAUCGCUUACUAUCGAAUUUCGAUAACAGGUAGCAGUAUACAUAUACAUACAUAUAUAUAUAAAUAUUUAGCACAUAUAAUAUUAGCAUCCCCUCCUUACACAUUUAUUGUAAAAUAUAUAGAUGCCAUCUAUGACCCUAUCACACUCCCCCUCUAAACAUUCUCCAAUAUAUCUCUAUGAGCAAAUAUUCAUAUUUUCUCUAACUAGCAGCUAAGCACUAAAUGUAUUUUACGCUCUAGCCCCUAAGUAUAAAGCCCCCUUCUCAGCCAUGUGUCGAGAACGCAAAAGGAAACUUCUUAAAGAAGUUGAACGAGAAAUUAAAACAAAAAUUAAAUCUAAAAAUUCCAAUGCAUUGUGCUCAAAAGAAUUCGGCACAACGACUUUUAUGGACCAAUUCGCUCUAAUUGACGCAAUCCACGCAAGUGAGCGUACAAAGGCUUAAAAAAAAAAACUACAAAAAUUUUAGAGAAACACACUUAAAAGAAGCCAACUGAAGGCAGCGAGAGAAACAUUUGUACUCGUAAAUGUUGUUAAGCGUAAAGUUUAUAGAAAACGGGAAACGUUAUUAUGUAUUGGACUUGAAGUCUUCAAAUUGUUUUUAAGUCAUAUUCGGAUUAGUUGUAAUUUGGUAUUUUCUAAA